AUGGCCGGUAAACACCCAAUCCAGGUGCCGCCAGCCAGGCCACUAUACAAGUUCGCUGCAACUGCCCUUGGUGCUAGCAUGUGGUUUUUCCUGUUUUAUCGCGCGAAAAAAGACGGCCCUGCCCUUCUGGGGUGGAAGCACCCAUGGGACCACUGA